CUUAUGACGUGACAGGAGGUGUUUUUUAGAUGUCCGCGGGGAUGUUCGCCGAGACAUCCGCACCACUGUGGAUGCUCUAAGUAUGACUUUACUAAUACAGUCAGCAUUAUUCUACAACUAAUCAACUGCCAACUGGCAAAUACCAACGGCUACUUCCAGCUCAGCCAUCCACUCCCAUUUUCAAACCAGUAGCUCAAUGCUUCAAUCAAAGCAGCUCUUUUCCAGUUUGGCAUGAGCAACUUCAACAUUUUGAGUCGAUGCUGCGGCGUGAUGUGAAUUUCGUCUGCGAAAAUCAAAGACUUAAGUUUGGGGCAAUCUGUUGUUCAUUUCUAGCGGGGUAGACGCUCUUUGAUGCGAAUGAGUUCCUUAAUUCGGGAGUCUGGGCAAUGCGAGGAGAGUGUUUGAUGAAAUUCCUGACAGAAAGGUGGUGUGAUGGAGCGUGAUGAUGUACGGUUGCGUAGAAUUUCACGUUUUCGGGUGUGAUUGGGCUGUGUGAGGAUUUGUCACUGUUUAAACUAGGAAAGCAUGCAUUCUUUGAACUUGAAGAUGAACUAUAUUACAGCACAAGCUUCACCUUUAAACCCCCCAAAAUCUACUUGAAUAUGCCCAAAUCGCCCUAAAUGCUUCGCCUUUCGCAUGAAGAACCAUUGUCACAGCCACCGCCGCCGCUUCCCCAAAAAUAUCCCCAGAAUUCACUCAAUCAACUCAGUUUUGAAUCAAACUACCGAAUCAUAUGCAAUCACUUCCUCGGAUUCACUCGCGGCAGGAAUCUCAUCAAAGGCCAAUCCCUUCACGCCUACGUCGUUAAAUCAGGACUCCAUUUGAUACCUCUCGUUUGCCACCAUUUGAUCAACUUCUACUCCAAGCUCCAGCUCCCGUAUUGCUCGGAGCGAAUAUUUCACGAAACUCAAUUCAAAUCUUCCACCACUUGGAGUUCAAUCAUAUCAUGUUUCGCUCAAAAUGAGCUUCCCUUUCACGGAUUUGAGUAUUUCAAGGUGAUGCGUCGCAACGAUUGGAUGAUUCCUGAUGAUUAUAUUUUUCCGUGUGUGAUGAAAGCUUGUGGUAUGAGUAACGAUCAGUUUAUGGGGAAAUCCGUUCAUUGUCUCGCGAUGAAAACUGGGUUUGAUGCGGAUGUGUUUGUGGGGAGCUCUGUUGUUGAUAUGUAUGCAAAAUGUGGGAGUUUAGGUGAAGCGCGAAAGGUGUUCAGCGAAAUGCCUGAUAGAAAUGUGGUAUCCUGGAGUACGAUGAUAUACGGCUAUGCCCAAACAGGGGAGGACGGAGAGGCCUUGAGACUCUUCAAGGCUGCGUUAUGGGAAGGUUUGGAUGUUAACGACUUCACAUUCUCGAGUGUAAUUCGAGUUUGUGGGAAUUCGACUUUGUAUGAAUUAGGGAGACAAAUGCAUGCUUUAUGCUUGAAGAUGUAUUACUAUGAAACUAGCUUUGUUGGUAGUGCCUUGAUCUCUAUGUACUCGAAGAGUGGCUUGAUAGAGGAUGCCUCUCGAGUGUUCAACGAGGUUUCGGACAGAAAUCUGGGGAUGUGGAACGCGAUGAUGAUUGCUUGGGCGCAGCAUGCUCAUACAAGGAGGGUGUUUGAGUUGUUAGAGAAAAUGGUGAAUAAGGGAACAAAGCCAAAUUUCAUCACAUUUUUAUGUAUACUCUAUGCUUGCAGUCAUGCCGGCUUAGUGAAGGAAGGAAAGCAUUAUUUUGCAAAGAUGAAGGACUACGGAAUCGAGCCAGGAAGCCAGCAUUAUGCAUCAAUGGUGGACUUGCUUGGCCGAGCUGGGAAAUUGCAGGAGGCAUUGGAAUUAAUCGAGAAGAUGCCUAUGCUGGCGACUGAGGCUGUUUGGGGAGCUUUCUUGACUGGAUGUCGGAUUCAUAGAAAUACAGAGCUGGCAAGCUCUGUGGCUGAUAGGGUCUUCGAGUUAGGGCAUGUGAGCCCGGGCCUACACAUGCUAGUAUCCAAUGCUUAUGCGGCUUCUGGAAGGUUCCAAGAGGCUGCAAGGGCGAGGAAGAUGCUCAGAGACCGCGGGCAGAAGAAGGAGCCGGGUUUGAGCUGGGUGGAGGAAGGGAACAGGGUUCACGCAUUUGCUGCAGGGGAGAGGAGACACGAGCUUUCAUCGGAGAUAUAUAGGAAGCUGAAGGAGUUGGAGAAGGACAUGGAACAGGCUGGUUAUGUGAUGGAUACAACACAUGUGCUGAGAGAAGUUGGCGCAGAGGAGAAGAAUGAGAGCAUUAGGUAUCACAGCGAGAGAUUAGCCAUUGCCUUUGCGCUCGUCACCUUCCCACCCGAGAGGCCUAUUAGGGUUAUGAAGAACUUGCGUGUGUGUGGUGACUGCCAUGUUGCUAUAAAGUACAUAUCCAAGUGCAGCGGAAGGGUCAUAAUCGUGAGAGACAACAACCGGUUUCAUAGGUUUGAGAAUGGGGAGUGCUCUUGUGGCGAUUAUUGGUGAUUGAGUGGGCAAUGUCUUCCUCUUGUGACGAGAGUUGGAGGAAACAAAAUGUAGUGCAAGAUUUGAGCAACUGAAAAUGGCUUCAACUAUGAAAGUGGAGGAUUCAAUUUCUUCAAACUCUACUGAUAAGGAUAGCAGAUUAAGAAUGGUAAUCAAUUUUGAAUUCAUUGAAGAUCCAUGCUUUUUUUUAAUAAUUCUUUAGACAAGGUUGAAGAUCCAUGCAUGAUGCCACAGUUAAUAAAAUUAACUGGCAUUACUGUACGCCGAUUAUCAGUGAUCGGACAGUGGUGAAGCCAAGAUUUUGACGAGGCCCCAAGCCAAUGUUAACAAUUAGUACAUGUAUUUUUCGGUGCUAGACUGCUAGUAAUGCCAGAAGUUAUCUUAUGUAUCUUUCAAUAAAUUUUCUAUACAUUUUUAAUCAUAGAUUUUCUUGAUAAAUUAAAGAUUAAUGUUAAAGAAAUGAAUCAAAGAUAAAUUGUUUUUUAUAGUAUAGAGCAAGUUUAAAAUUAAAUUUAUAUUUACAUAG